AUGGCUCCCAACCUGCUCCUGCUGCUGCUCCUGGGACUAGCAGGCCAGGGCUCCGCGGACGGCCACUCCGAGGUGCUGCGGGCGUGGGUGGGCGGCUCCGUCCAGGUGCACUGUCUCUACCGACCCCAGGACAGCCGGGCCCGGAAGGUGUGGUGCCGCUUCCUGAUGGAGAGGUGCCAGCCCUUGGUGUCCUCGGCGGUGGACCGCAGAGACCCGGGGCACAGCCACAUCUUCCUCACGGACCUGGGGAGUGGCCUGCUGCAGGUGGAGAUGACCUCCCUGAGGGAGGAGGAUGCUGGGGAGUACGGCUGCGUGGUGGAGGCCGACGCCGGGCCCCAGAUAGUGCACAGGGUGUCCCUGGAGGUCCUCCCGGAAGAGGAAGAGGACUUCCACAAGGUUGACAGUGAGACUGAUGACCCCUCCUCAUACCCCCUCAGCAGUGCCAGCCCUCUGCCCAGCCAGCAUGAGACGAGCAUCCCCUUGAUCUGGGGCUCCGUGCUCCUGCUGAGCUUGCUGGUGGUGGCAGGAGUGCUAUUUGCUGUGAUGGCCAAAAGGAAAGGGAACAGGCGUGGUGUCCCUGGCCAAUCCCAGCGCAGCGGAGGUCCAGGCAUGGCGCUCUCCCCAGCGGUCCGCACCGAUGACUCUGGACUGGCUCUAGACGUGCCGUCGGACGUACCGUACACCAGGCUGGACUCGCCACCUUCCUUUGACAACACUACCUAUAGCAACCUCUCCCUUGAGCCCCCGUCAAGGAAACCCCAAGCCCCAGCUCCAUCCUCAUCACCCCCUUUGCCUCCUGAGGUCCUGAGCUGCUCCAACCCUGUGAUGUAUGCCACAGUCAUCUUCCCUGGAGGGGGGAGGGGGGGCAGGCCCACCCAAGAGCCAGCGCAGGAUCCCCCUCAUGGCCAGACUCUGCCCAGCUGA